GGGUGGGGUGGGGAGGGCUGCCCUUCCUGGCUACCCAUACUUCCCAACCUGACUUCAUACAAAUAAAACUCACCUCUCAUCCUACAUUAAGACUGCAAAUAUUUUAAGGAAUACCUGCAGCAGAUGUUGGAGCAGCACCAGGGUGUGGCUGCUGAUGUGGCCUCGCGAACACUUUCUCUGGCUUAUACACUCCUCACUAAGGAGUCCAAGGGUCUUGGUCUUCCUGACUUCCCUUUUGACAACCUGCACCUUCUCAUGGCCAUUUUGAGCAAAUACCCAAAUGUUGACCCUACAAGAUUGAUCAUGAGGUUGUACCCUUACCAUGCCUUCUUAUCACACGACACAUACAAGUCUGUUGAAGAGGCCUUCUCUGCAUUUGGUUUCAGCCCUUCUCAGAGGCAUUCCACAGCUUCUGAAGUCAACAAAAUUAAGGGAGUUCGUCCACUUCAUGAGCAUACAAAAACUGUUGAAGUUACACUGGCAGUUGAAGGUCAGGAAUUAAUUACACAGGUUACCUCUGGGAACAGUUGGGGAAGUCCUCCCCCGCCAUUUGAAUUUAUACCAUAUCAUCAUGAAAUACUCACUGAAAUGAUUCAGAGUCACAGUGUUGGGGACUUUUGUUUAAUUGGCCCUCGUGGAUGUGGAAAGUCUGCAGUUGUUGCAAAGAUGGCACACUUGUUGGGUUAUCAGACAGAACCAAUACUUGUCUACCAGGACAUGACUGCUCGUGAUCUUGUGCAGCAGCGUGUAACUUCACCCACUGGUGACACUGCCUGGCAGUUCUCCCCACUGGUGACAUCUGCCUUAGAGGGAAAAAUGGUUAUUUUAGAUGGAAUACAUAGACUUCAUCAUGGCACAUUGGCUGUAUUACAUAGGCUAAUCCAUGAUCGAGAACUUCAGCUGUAUGAUGGGAGUAGAUUGUUACGCUCUGAUCGAUAUGAUAAAAUCAUGAAUGAUAAUGAACUAUCGGAGACAGAUAUGAGAGCUAGAGGUAUAUACCGCAUUCACCCAUCAUUCCGCAUUGUGGCAUUAGCAGAACCACAAGUGCUGGGAGCUUCACAAGGACAGUGGUUGACUCCAGAGGCCUUAACUCUAUUUCUAUAUCAUAAUAUGAGGUGUCUGAGGCCCCAAGAAACUGUCAGCCUUGUAAAUCAGUUAGUGGGAGACUGCAGUUCUCCAGUAGAACAGCUGAUCACACUUGCAUCUCAGCUCUCAGUUUCCACUGACCCAGCCUUGCAGUCAUUAGCUGAAUCACUCUCUUUAAGGCAGAUCAUCAGGAUAGCAAAGUGUUUUAAAGCUUAUCCAUCAUUUGAUCUGCACACUGCAGUGUAUAAGGCCUGCCUAGCAAGGUUUCUUCCUCCACUUGCCAAGCAAGCAUUAGACACCACUCUCAAAAAUCAGGGUAUAGUCAAAAGCAGCAAUUUGAAAAAUGAAGAACUUGCAUGUGAAGUAAGCAAUGGUGUGUUGAAGAUUGGCAAUACUCAUUCUCCAGUCUAUGUGCCUGACACCAAAACCAAAGUUCCUGAUAUCCUUUUCUUUGACAUUCAGCAGCAUGUUGUUGUUCUGGAGAAUAUGCUUCAAGACUGGCUACUUGGUGACCACCUCCUGCUCGUUGGAAACCAGGGUGUUGGAAAAAAUAAAUUGGCUGACAGAUUUCUUUAUCUUUUGUCUCGUCCACGUGAAUAUAUUCAACUUCACAGUGGAACUGAAGCAUUAGCAACAUGA